AUGAAGCCAUCUGAAAAAUACAGAAAUAUAUUACAAGAAAAUAUCAAAGCCGGUGCAGAAAUUAAGUUUGAUUUACAAUGGAUAUUGAAUCAGAAUGAAAUGUCCAUUUUUAAUGGUUAUAAACGAGUUGGUGCUAAUAAAGAUAUUCUUUUCUAUGGAAUGUUACCUUUAUUAUCACGUUUUGCUCAAUCAUCGAUAUAUGCAUCAAUGUUUAAAGAUUCAAAACCAUUAAAUUUGUAUAGUAUUACGAUUGGACCACCAGGCUGUGGAAAAUCACCAAAUUUGAAACAUUUAAUGACAGCAGCCACAAAAGUCACAAAAAUCUUUAAGCAUGAUUAUAUGAAAAAUAUUCCUCGUGAUGCAGGGCAUACACAGCUACAAAAUACUGUGACAAAUAGUCCAAAUGGAUUCUCAACAUGUAAAGUUCCGUUUUCUAGGAGUCGGAGCACUGUUUGA